AUGGCAGCUCGUGUCAUGACGAGGGCGCAGAUGGGCACCGGCAUGCGCCCUCUGCAGUCCAGCAGCAGGCCCGUGUUCGGGUCGCCUGCCAGGCUCGCCGCUGGUGUCCCCGCGCAGCGCCUGCGCCUGGCAGCCGCCGAGCAGCAGCGGUCUCACACACAGCAGCAGCAGCAGCAGCAGCGGUCCUUGGUGGCGAUGCGGUCGUCUGCCGGCAGCGAACUCGUCCCCGAUGACGAGUUUGCCAUCUCCAAGAUCUCCUUUGGCUCCAUCCUCACCCCUGUGGGCUGCUUCCUGCUGGCCUACGGCUUUGGCGCCUACUUCAUGCUGCUGCCCGGCGCAGACCUCAGCAGCAUCAUGCUCAUCUACGGCUUCCCCAUCAGCGUGCUGGGCUUCGCGCUCAGCUACGCGCAGCUGGAGCCCGUGAAGUGCAAGACCACGCGUGGCGCCCUGGAGCUGCGUGACACCCAGAUGACCGACAUCCAGAAGCAGAUCAGGGAGGACGUCACACGCUACAGGGGUGGCCAGGAGGUGGUGUUCAAAGAAGUGCGUGGCAGGUUGUACAGGGGACGGGCACGAGCAGCUUGA